GCCCAAACCCGCACGCUCCAAAUAGACUGCCUUUCUCUCCGUGCGGGUCGCGGAUCCUCUCUCUCUCUCUCCGGUCUUUGCACACUGUAUUUGGUCGCUUCCUCCGCCCUCGAACGCCAGAAAACAUCAAUUGGAGCUGCGAAUUCGAUCUCGCCUUCCUUCGCUUUGCACCCGCGGCGCCCGGAUUCGAGCCCGGCCGUCGAAACCCUAGCGCGCCCCCCCUCCGCCCCACACUUUGGGCGCCGGAGCGGAGGGCGAUGGCGGCGGAACUGGGGCAGCAGACGGUGGAGUUCUCCGCCCUUGUGCGACGAGCCGCGGAGGAUUCCUACCUCGCCCUCAAAGAGCUGGUGGAGCGGUCCCGGGCGCCGGAGGACCAGCGAUCCGACUCCGAGAAGAAGAUAGACCUCCUCAAGUUCAUCGCCAAGACUCGGCAGCGGAUGCUCCGCCUCCAUGUGCUCGCCAAGUGGUGCCGACAGGGUUUCUGAAUGUGUUCCUUCUUGAGUGCCUCUAGGCUCCGGUAGAUGGAAAGCCGCUUCAUUUCUUAAUCCAUGGUACGGAUUUAGUCUAGUGUCUGGAUUAGUAGUUUAUCUGGGGAUGAUCCUGGAAACCUAGUUCCAAACUGGUAGUCAGUCUUGGUGAAUUUGGCGUUUUGGAUAUGCUUUAGGUUACAAUAAGUGCAGCUUAUUUCAGUUUUCUGGAGUGUUUUUCCCCCCUCCCUUUUAAUGCAUUUGAGCGACAAUAUGAAAUUUAUUAGUUUGUGAUG